UUGAAAGCGGGAGGAAGUCCGUUUCCAGGCAGCUCGCGCUGAAAGAGCAUUCAUAUUAUUACGUUAUAUGAAAACAAAUUAAAUAAAAUAAUUUUAUUCGACGAGUUCAGUGUAGGACAAUAAGGUUUUUUUUAAUGUUAAAACAUAUUAGGAGCUUAAAUCCAUUAUAACGUUAACAAGACUACAUAAAAGUAUGAGCUAAGUUAGCUAGUGAACACUGCUAGCUAGCAGACAGGCUAAUUACCUCAGGAAAGUGAACGCUUAUUAUAUUUACACAGUUUAUUUUUGUCCUGAUCGAUUCGGAUCAGAAAAUAUACUUAAUUCCGCGGUUAUUUUGCUUUCCCGGGAUGGACAUUACGACGUGUCUGAAGUCUCUGCUUCUGGCGAUUCGACAACACAAAGACACCGGAGGGACAGUGAACGCAUCACUGCUGCAGAAACAAAUCGAAGACGUGUCCGCCUUAAAGUGCUCCAGGAUCUUGUGCUCAGGACAGGUUCUCCCCAGUGAGUGUCUAAACGGGCUGCUGGAAGUAGCUGGAGAUCCCAACACGAGUCCUUCUCUGACAGGGAGUGUCCUGUCUCUGCUCGCCCAGCUCGUGUCUGAUGAUGAGAGUAAAGAGGUGCUUCAUAGUCGUUAUAAUGUCGUUGGCACACUGGUGGCCCUCAUCCACAGUCACAGAGCUACACCUGAGGAGCCGAUCGUACUUCAGUGUCUUCAGGUCCUGCAGCAUCUUACCUACAAUGUCAGAAUCCUCCACUGUGUCUCUCACAUGGACAACCUCCUGAUGUUCCUCAUGCUCAACAUCCAGUCUCAGAAUGAUGACAUCACCAAGCCGUGCUUAGGCCUGAUGGCUAAUCUGUGUCGACACAACCAGUCUGUACAGGUGCAGAUCAAGAGUCAGAGUAAUGUUAAAGCUUUCUACAGAGCUUUACUGAACCUUCUUGGUCACAACUGUCUCACUGUGGUUGUCUUCGCGCUCUCAAUCUUGUCCAGCCUUACCCUCAGUGAGGAAGUGGGCCAAAAGUUGUUCAAUGCAAAAAACAUUCACCAGACUUUCCAGCUCAUCUUUAACAUCACAGUGAAUGGAGAUGGAACCCUGACAAGGAACUAUGCCGUCGACUUAUUGGUGGAUCUGCUGAAAAACGCCAAGAUUGCUGAUUACCUCACUAAUUAUAAACACCUCCCCGUGUGUGUGAGUGAAGUGGUCGGCCUUCUCCACGGGAAAGACCCGGAUACAGCAAUGAAGGUUCUGGAGCUGCUCGUGUCCCUGUGCUCGGUUCCGCCCCUGCGCAGACUCAUCUGUCAGACGGUUUUAAAACCUGCUGCCCCUCGCCUUCAGCCUGACGCCAAGAACCUCACCCAGGUCAGGGGGGUGGAGCCGGGUCUGGCGCUGCUUCAGUGGGCCACACACCCCCUGCAGGGAUCGGAGCGGUGCUGCCUGCUUGCGCUGGAACUCUUCACUGAGCUGUUUGAGGAAGUGAUUGGUUCCUCGCAGUGCGGUUCUGCACGCUCGUUUUUGGAGCUCCUUCUCCCAGCGCUGCAGAGUUUACUGCAGACUCCAGACUUGAGUGCAGGAGACGAACUGCUCCGGAGGCACUGUGCCAGAGCUGGAUGGGUGCUGGAGCUCCUGCUGGUCUUGUGCGGAGAUGACUUCCUGAAGACUCUGGUGGCGCAGAACGUGAGCUCAGAGCUGUGCGUAUCGCUGGUGGAGCUGCUGCUGUGUAACACUCAGGACUGCGUCACUUCCAUCUGCUCGGACUCGAGCUCUCAGCUCAGCCAUGCAUGCUGUGAGACAGUCCUGAAGACUCUGGAGCUGAUGAGCCAGCUGAAGCAGCACGUAGCCGACAUGGAGACCUGCUUUUACCGCCUGCUGCAGGACCAGCGCAUGGUGACGCCUGUGUCUCAGGCCCUGACAUCUCCACACCGAGAGCGAGUACACACGGCACUGCGUGUCCUGUUUGAAGCCGCUCCGCUGCCUGACUUCCCCGCCAUCAUUUUAGGUGAAAGCAUCGCAGCGAAUAACGCGUACCGGCAACGCGAGGGCGAGCUGAGCAUCAGAGGCAGCGGCGUUCAGGAGGAUGGAGUCGGCUUUGCUGUGUCCACUGCUGCUCUGAACUGUCCGCCUUGCCAGAGCAUCGACAGCCUCAUCGAGAAACUGCAGAGCGGCAUUCAGUUACAGGAGCAGAUGAAAGACGUUCACGUGUCAGAGAUCAUCGAUGUGUAUGAGCAGAAAAUUUCCGCCCUGGCCUCUAAGGAAGGCCGUCUGCAGGAUAUCUUGGAGGUCAAAGCUCUCGCUCUGUCUCAGGCUGACCGCCUCAUCGCUCAGUACCGCUGUCAGAGAGCACAAGCCGAGGCUGAGGCCCGGAAGCUGGCGUCUCUGCUGAAGGACACAGAGAGGAGGAAGGAGGAGCUGCAGGCUGAACUGAGCGAUCAGAUGAUGGAGGUGGAGAAGCUGAAGUGCGACAGUCAGCAGCUUCUGCAGCACAACAGCCGCCUGCAGGCCGUGUCUGACGAACACCAGAACCUGAAGAGCACCUACAACCAGCUGCUGAGCAGGUACAAUAAGAGCGAAGCGAUGCUGAAGGAGCUCCAGGCCGCCCACAUCUCCCUCACACAGCAGGCCGAAUCCCUGAGGAGGAGCAAUGAGGGGCUCAGAGUGCAGCAGGAGAGGUUGUCAUCAGAGCUGCAGCAGAAGGAGGAGAAAAUCUCAGAAAUGGAAGCAGGCAUGCAGGAGAAACACAACACUAUAGAGGACCUGCAGGCUGAGCUGAGGAGGCAGGAGGAGCAGGCUGGAGAGAUGGAGGAGAACAUCAGUACGCUGAGGAAGGAACUCGCCAAGACGGAGCAGGCCAGGAAGGAAGCCAGCAUCAAGGCCUCGUCUCUGGAGCUGCAAAGAUCUCAACUGGAGUCCAGACUGAAGCAGAAGGAGGAGGAGCUGAACACACACACGCAGAUGAUCGCCAUGAUCCACAGCCUGAGCAGCAGCAAACUGAAGAAUGAUGCCACAGCCAACUUUUCUCUGUGACACACACACUUUACACACACUCCACGUUUGCUUUACAUGCACUAACACACACACACACACACACACACACACACACACACACACACACACACACCAGCCAUGAUGAACUCCGAUGAUAAAUAUAAUAUGAAAUACAGUUGAUUUUUUUUUUAAACUCUAGAUUCAGAUAAAUUAUUUCUUUAUUAUUUUUUUUUAAAAAUGUGGUGUUUUCUCUCUCAUUCUACAUGUUCCUCUCGUAACAUUUUAAACAAAUAAAUGAAUAUUUCAUUAUUUUUAAUAAUGAUUUUAUCUGAUGCUGCAUUGCAAAACAAUUCGUUUCCAAUUUGGAUUUAAUCAAUUAAGUUUACAUUAACUGAUUUGAUUUGCAUGAGGGGGAAAAAAGCAAUUUGAAUUUUCAGCCAGGAGAUGGCGCUGUUACUCAUCAUGAAUAAUAAACUCCUUUUUUAGGUUUUUAGUUUGAUCCAGCACAGCCUGAGCAAGUAAAUCACUCAAAAGUCCUGGAUACAGUUGAGUUCAAAAGUUUGCACACCUAAAAGAAAAAAAGUCAGUGAACCGCAAUAAGAUAUUCAAUGUGCUGGAUUUAUUUAUUUUUUUUAAAUAAAUCUUUCCUGCUGUGCUAUUGUUCACUCAUCAUGUCCAGAGUUUGUGUUCACACUGUAUGAAGGGUAAAGGUUGCUGUGUUUGUGUUUUACUGACUGAGUAAUCCGCGAUGGUGUGGUUUCUGUUUUAUUUAAUGAGCUGCUGACUCGUGUGAUAAAUUCCAUAGAGGUUCUAUUCAUUUA